GCACGUCCGAGCUACCGACUGCGCGUUCGCGCGGCGAUUUUCCGCGGGUUUUCAUCUCUCGCAAGUUCUUUUGCUCACCCUCGCGUAUCACAUUUCGCACUCAACCACGGACCUUCCUUACUUAUUAUCGACAAACAACUGAGAAAGUAAUUUUGACCACCUCGUCGAGUGCACGGUACAGUAUCCUUUACCGAUCGCUAUACUUCCGAUCGACGAAGUGCUCGACCAUUCACAAUUUCAAGAUUCUGCCGUACGGGCAUCAAUGGGCUCGCAUCGAGAAGUGAUGCGUCUGAGUUCGUGGAGGUAGCGUCGUCGCGACGCGCGGGCAGCGUCGGCGGCGGCCGGCGAGGCCGGGGGAGCGGAAAAAAGGAGAGCAGCAGCAGCGCCAGGUAGAAACGCGCGGCCGACGGCGGGGACAGACGAGGACGGAAUUCCGAUCGAGCCGGCAAAUGUGGCUCUGUGCACGGUGAGCCGCAGCUUGGGGGCCCGCGGGGCCCGCCAGGGCUCCUCCACAAAGUCAUCGCGCGUACGAAUCGCCCUGACUCAGCGCAACGUGUGCGCCGCACAGCAGUCCCAGCAGGACUCGCCUGCCGACGCCAAUUCUACCCCGGGCAGCCAACAGCAACAGACCAAUGUGCCGUCCUCGGCUAGCGCGUCCGCUCAGGGUACACCGCAGGCUCACCAGCAGCAACCCGGAAUUCCGCGCGAUCAGGGCGCCGGACAGGCUUACGAUGAGGGCCAAGGACUGGAGGAGCCGAUGGUGCUGGUGGAGCAGGGCAAUCAGUUGGGUACCUGGAUAUGCUGCGUGCCUUGCUACUGGCUCAGGCGAAGCAAGGCCGUGCACAAGGCACUACUCACUUUCGCGAUGCUACUCGUGACAAGUCUCCUCGUCACCAGUCCCGUACUCUUUCUCAUCACCACGCUGCCCGAAGGCGAUCAGCCCCGCGAAUGCGCACCUCUGGACGAGGCGUGCAUUAGAGAGCGAGACGGCCAGGAUGGCGUGUGCGACUCGCAAGCCUGCCAAGAGGCCGGUCGUCGUAUGCUCGCUUCGAUGCAACGCGGCGUCGAUCCCUGUAAAGACUUUUAUCAGUUCGCUUGCGGCGGCUUCCGCAACCGGCUACCCUAUCAGCCGGCCUCAAGCUUCGCCUCACUUCAGGAGCAAGUCGACGAUCAGAUACAGCGGAUGCUGAUGAAUGAGACAGGAAAAAUGGCGGGUGCAUUGACGAAGCUCGGCCAAUUUUAUAACAGCUGCCUUGAAUUUGAAGCAAAACCUGUGGACUUUGCACCUGUUUAUAGGAUACUAGAUGGAUUAGGUGGCUACAUUCCACCAAAAAGCGAGGGACCUUCUGACAUAACGCCUUUGAUCUCUUCACUUUUAAAAAUUGCUGGUGCUCCACUUUUUGAUCUUUAUGUUGACGUCGAUCUCUAUGACAACGCACGAAUGGCCGUUUUUUUGGAUUUGCCAAAAGUGUAUCAGUCAGAAACUCACAUCAGUGAUAUCCCGGAGGAAUCGCCGAGACAUCGCCGGGGCUUGCACAUUCUCAAUGAUGAGAAGAGGCAGAAAAGGUCUACCAUGGCUGAGAGCACGGCUUAUACUGCUAUCAAAAAUGACAGGGAAGAGAAGCGCUCGCGCAGAAUACAGAAGAUCAUUCAAGGCCUGAUACCCAGCGAUAUGGAACCCAAGGCGAGAUCUACCGAGGCCGAUCAGCUACUUCAGAUCUGUUUGGCACUCAACAAGAUAUACCCGAGAUAUAAAGACAUUUAUAAUUGGAUCGACAUUGAUCAACGUAUCUAUGAGCCUUAUAACCUUUCGUAUCUGCAAGAGAGCUUCAGUUAUAUAAGGUGGGGGAUGUUACUCAAUUCGACGGUUGACAACGUCACUGCCGAUCUGUACAAUCACGUAUCGAGUCGUGAGUACAGUAACGACGCAAAGCCUGCCUACAUAUACGUGACUACCCCUCAUUACUUUCGCAGCCUUGGCAAGCUGCUGAAUCACUUUUCCAAGAGGAUGAUCCACAAUGGAUUAUUGGUGCUGUAUGCUACGGAUGUUUUACAUGACGUUGUUAAUGUGACUGCAAGUAAGAAUUGGACCGAGACUUGUCUUAAACUUACAAAAACCACCUUUAGUGAAUCCGUCGGAACACUCUACGUUCAGCAGUACAAACCAGAUUUUCUGGAACUUCUUGUAAAUAGGAUAGCGGCAAUGUUUGAGCGCAUAAAAGAGACAUUAGCCGAGCGAAUGCUUGCGAUGCCUUGGCUUGACGAAGAAACAAGGACUCAAGCUGUUUUCAAGCUGCGUUCCUUGCGGGGAAAAUUCCAAAUUUGGCCGGGUUUCUUGAACGACAGUUGGCUAUCUCAAGAAAUGGAGGAGGUCGUAAUAGAUCGGGAUGAUUUUUUUUCGACGAUUCUUAGGAGGUUCAAGCAAAUUCGAACAUUGGAAGGCCAGACAAGAAGAAAUGCAACUCAAAAGUGGAAUCACCCAUACACAGUCAGCGCAUACUACGAAGAAUCAUCCAAUUCCAUAGUGGUGCCAGUCGCAAUGAUGACGGCUUGGUCGUGGUCAUGGGACGGAGGGCCAGCUUACGCCGUUUAUUCGACGUUAGGUUCAGUAAUCAGUCACGAAGUUCUCCAUGCCUUUGAUCUUCAUCACCGACGACUGCCACUUGAUCCCGACCCAAUCAGCGAUCAGUGGUCCUGGAUUACGCCAGAAGCCUGGCGUAGACUUGAGGUUAUGAUCGAGUGCGUCGCUAAAUUAUACGCCAGGAGCUUCUGGAAAAAGGUCAAGUUUUUCGGGAGUAGCGUUGACGUACAGUUCGAUUGGAACGUCACAAGAAAUGAGAACGUGGCGGACAUUGGCGCCCUACAGAUAGCCUAUCACACGUGGCACAUCCUAACAAACGGCAAGGAUCGAACUCUGCCAGGAUUGGAAGGGGUGCGUCCUAGCCAACUAUUCUUUAUCAGCGCCGCCCAAACUUACUGCUCGAACAUGACUGCCGAGGCCUACAUUCUCUCCGUCGAACUCGAUUACCACACACCUCAACCAGAAAGAAUAAAUGGAAUUAUGAUGAACUCCCAUGAAUUUGCUGAAGCAUUCCGAUGUACAGCAGGGUCAAAAAUGAAUCCCCCAAAAAAGUGUAAAACUUGGUGAUAAGGAAUUUAAUAACUUAAGAUGAAAUUAUAUGAAACAAGAAUAACGAAAAUGAACUUUAUUUCAAGUGGCAUGUAGCAGAAGAAAAGCAAAAAUGUCUUUAAAGAAAUCGAGUACUCAAGCACUUCGAGUUUAUUGAGUAAUGAUUCAAUCUCAAUAAAUUUAUCAAAAGUGGAGUUUAUUUGAGCAAAUAUUAAGUAAAAGUGAAGAAUUAAAAGAAGUGUUCAAUCGUCGUUGUAGAUCUUUAUUAUAUGAAAAAUUUCAAGACCAAAAAGCUUUUCCUUGUUCAGCUCCAACUAAGAAUAUCUUUUAACUAUCCUUGAAAAUGGGACGACGAAUAUUUUCUAUAAAAAUGUCCGGCUAUUGCAUACAUCCUCAUGUCGUUUUCUCUUAAUCCCGUUUAUCUAAAAAAUUUAAUUAUUUUCUUUGUGAAACUGUAGAAAAAAAUUUAUAAUAAAAAUUGUAAUUAAAGCAAUGAGUGAAGAAAUGUUAAAAGAAUUACUAAGUAAAUCCAAUAGGUCUUUGAUGUUAAUUUACUGAAAAUGUACGCAUUUUUACGCAAAGCGUACUAUCAGAAUCAGGCAAAAUAAUACUCGUUUAACUAGAUUGUUUCAAUGCGCCAGAAUCGAAAUGUUCAUUAUAAGUUUAUUUAGAAUGAAAAAAAAACAAAUGGACAUUAUUUUGUUGCUAAAAACCUAAGGUUCUAGCGUCGACGCAAAUUAUAAACUGUGAUACUUUGAAGCAUUGAUGCAAUUAAGAAAAGCUCCGUUCAUUAGAAUUAACAACGAGAAAAUGAAAAUAUAUUUAAUAAAUUAUACUCAACUUACUUGUUAAUUAUUUAAAGCAUAGUGAAACCUAAGUUUCUACAUUUAAGUAACUGAAUGAUCAAAUUAAUUCGGUGCGGAAGUAUAACGUCAUUCUACCUAAAACACGUAAUUAUAUUUAUUACGAGUUUGAGAAACUAAAAAUACUAUCAUAGAUUACAAAUUAAAGUAGUUAAAAAAAGUGGACAUUCUUUUUUCGAUACUACGACAUAAAGCUGUAUAAAAUAUUCUAUAAUAAAUUAAAAUGUAUUUAUUUAAGUAAUAUUCCGAUUUCAUGUAAGCUAUCAUCGAUUUAAAUUAUAAAAAUUUGAAAGUAUUCCAAAUUAUCUUAUUCUUUACUGUAUUUAUUAUAAUUUUUUAAUUAUGUCAAAAAGUAUGAUACUCGAAGAUUUUAAUGCCACGUUGUAUUAUAAACCGUACCUUACAAAAAAUGACGUUUUACAUUGUGAAUGCAUCUUUUUAUGGAAAUAUUUAAUUUCCUAUAUAUUAAUUUCUUUUAGCACAAUUAAUGUAUAACAUCUUGCAUCCGAUACCUUAGUAGUACAACUAUAAAAUUAUGUUUCUUAAAGCAAUAAAUUAAUAAUAGUAAUAAUUAAAUUACUAAGAUUAUUGUAUUGUAUUUGCAGUACAAAAUACA